GGACAGAGAAGGAAAGGACAGACAGAUGACAGACAGAGGGGGCUGGACAGAAGGGGUCAGGUUUCUUGAAGCAAGUGGAGGUCCUGGAAGUCUGGUUCCCACCUUGACAGCCUCUUCCCAUAGGCAAUGCGCACCCAGGUGCCGGAGGGCAGAGCAGGACAAAAAGCUGCCAAUCACUGCACCCACCAUCUCUGUGAAGAGGCCCACUUCUAACAGACCGUGCUGGGCUGACUCCCAUCAUGCAAGGCAGGAUCAGUCUCCCCUCUCUCUGCCACUUCCUUCUCCCUUGGGCCUUCGCCACCUUCCACAGAGCCCUGGGGGACCAAGCUACAAGGUGCGCUGGAGCAAAGUGGAGCCCGGGGACCUCCGGGAAACGCCCAUCCUCAUCACCAACGGACUGCACGCCCGGGGCUACGGGCCCCUGGGGGGGCGUGCCAGGAUGCGAAGAGGGCAUCGGCUGGACGCCUCCCUGGUCAUCGCCGGCGUGCGCCUGGAAGACGAGGGCCGGUACCGCUGUGAGCUCAUCAACGGCAUCGAGGACGAGAGCGUGGCGCUGACCCUGCGCCUGGAGGGUGUGGUGUUUCCGUACCAGCCCAGCCGGGGCCGGUACCAGUUCAAUUACUACGAGGCGAAGCAGGCGUGCGAGGAGCAGGACGGCCGUCUGGCCACCUACGCCCAGCUGUACCAGGCGUGGACCGAGGGUCUGGACUGGUGCAACGCGGGCUGGCUGCUCGAGGGCUCCGUGCGCUACCCUGUCCUCACGGCGCGCGCGCCCUGCGGUGGCCGAGGUCGGCCCGGGAUCCGCAGCUACGGGCCCCGCGACCGGAAGCGCGACCGCUACGACGCCUUCUGCUUCACCUCGGCGCUGUCAGGUCACGUGUUCUUCGUGCCCGGGCGGCUGACGCUGUCUGAAGCCCACGCGGCCUGCAGACGGCGCGGGGCCAUGGUGGCCAAGGUCGGGCACCUCUAUGCCGCCUGGAAGUUCUCCGGGCUGGACCAAUGCGACGGCGGCUGGCUGGCGGACGGCAGCGUGCGCUUCCCCAUCACGACGCCUCGGCCGCGCUGCGGGGGCCUCCCGGAUCCCGGAGUGCGCAGCUUCGGCUUCCCCAGACCCCAGCAGGCGGCCUAUGGGACCUACUGCUACUCCGAAUAGGGGCCCACCGCACCCCCUCCAGCGCGCGCGACAAAGCCUGGGAGUCGUGGCGGGGGUCUCUCGCCUCUUUCCCGAGAGCCUCCCCUUCCAUCGGACGAGGAGCAGCUCCUCCUGACCCGCCUUCUCGACCGAAGGCUGCGGGCCAAGGAUCCCGGCUGGCCCGGCGUCGGGGAGGGGACGUGGUGGCGCCCCGGGUGGUAGUGAGCAGCUUCGAACCUCUGACUCGAGGCGGUUCGCGCCCCCCCACCCCACAGCAGACUACGCAGCCACGGCUAGGUGACGGGAGAGGCGUCCAAGGGGCAUUAACUGACUUCUAUCCGGCAAUAAAAUAACCUGAGGACUUUU